AUGUCGCCGGCGAAAUUGACUUUUGAGGACCGCAAGUGAGCUAACUAGCGCUAGCUGGGUAGCUAGUGGUGCAGGGUUUCGCUAGCAAAGGGUUAUUUAGCAUGCUGGUAAUCAACGCGUCGUAAUGGUUGUGGAUCUGUUGUUAACUAGCUAGCUAACGUCUAUCUGCUAACUUUACCUAGCUAGUUAGUCUGGUUGUUGGCUUCACAUCAAUCCAGAUUUCUACUUUCACUUGUCAGCCAUAUUCUAGCCAAUUAUGGCGAUAUAUAAUCGGGCUAGUGGAGCGCUAUCAAUUCACUGUUCUUCGAUCUUCAAUUAGCUAGCUACAGUAGUUAUCUAAUAGCAGCUAACUAGCAAGCUUCUUAGCCAACCACCAGUAGCUUGCAGAUAGCCAGUAGUGGCUAACACAACUACCUAGCUAGCUACUUUGGUUAACUUUAUCUUAAAUCUUCUCUAGUCCACCAGCAGCGGUUUAUUCGCCCGCUAACUGCGGUCCCUUCCCCGGAGGCAAGCUGGCGGCCCUUCGGCUGGAGGCGGAGGAGAAGGAGCUGGGGGCCAUGGCCUGGGUGCUGAAGAUGGACGAUGCCACCAUCGAGUCAGGGCUGGUACACGACUUCGAUGCCAGUCUGUCGGGCAUCGGGCAGGAGCUGGGGGCUGGCGCAUACAGUAUGAGGUUAGAGAGACCAUUUGGUAUACAAUAUAGAUAUAUCAGUGUGUCUGGAUAUGAGAUGGAAGGUACAAACUGUUCCCACUCUGUCUCCUAAACCCUGGGAUUUACCCAAUACGGAGGAAUUACAUUUUGUGUGUGUGGUAUCCCAUCCCCUCUGUGUGGUAUUGUGUCAGUGUGCGUGUUGGUCUUUGUUUUGGAGUGUGUUGGGAUGGAGGGGGCCAUCACAGCAGGUUGCCACGGAGGACAGAGGGCUUAAAUACCUACCAGACACAAAGGGGGAGUGUGUGGGGAGUGGAACAGAGGCAGCGGCAGAAUGUAGGGAACAUAAACCCCCUAAGCACAGGGAGGGAGUGGGGAUAAGCUCUCCCCCACCACCUCUCUCUGGGUGGCUCAGUGGCAUGUCUCGGAGUGAUGACAACAUGGUGGAACUGUGGGGUUGCUAUGGCAGCAAUGAGCUGGGAUGCUCAGGGGAGUUUGUAACUGUACCAGUCAGAUCAUCCACUAUGGAACAGUCAGGAAAAGACACACACACACACACCCCUUACUUCAGUGUCACCGCAACAGCCCUAAGUGUGCAUGUGUGUUUUCCCCACAGAUGUGUUUUUGUGAAGGAGGUUAUGUUUCUGUGGGAUAAGAGUUCCCAGGACUGUCAGCUGUCUUAUCAGGAUCCUCCCUGUGUGUGUGUGUCUCCCAUGUUUAGAGAGCAGCUGUGGUGCUCAGUAGGAACAGAAUGUCUCAGUUUGUCAGUGGAGCCGGCUCCUCGUGUGUCAGGAAGCAGAUGCAGUUUCCUUGGCAGCAAUGCGGAGUGGGGCAGCGGCUCUGCGACUGGCAUGCCAUGCAGGAGGCAUUGGGGUUGGGCUAGGGUGGGACAGGGAGAAUACAGGACACUGUCUGCAGCAGCUGUGUUAAUGAGAGGGGUCUGUUCCAGAGUGUGAAUUAUUCCAUGACAUUCGGGGGUCUCUUUUUUUUUUUUUUUUUAUGUGGGACCUUGUUUGUGUGCACGUGCUUGUGCGUGCAAUAGUUUUUUAUGUGCCUAACAGUAAAGACAUGUUGUUUUAACGGUUUUUAAAAAUCCUACCUUUUACUUUGGCAAGAACACAGCCAGUCAUUACGUUUUCAUCGUAUUGUCAAACAAAUCACUUCAAAAAGUAGGCUACAUGCGCAUGUUCAUCCACUGCAAAAUAAUUCCAGCAUCCAAACUGCAUGUGCGCCAUUUGAUUAAUGGAAUGAGACCUCUGUUACAAAACACCCAAAAGUGUAAUGACAUUUGCCGAUUGUCAUUGGGUCUACACUCUUGUAACCUUAAUUAAUUGGUGUCUUACUGACAAUAGGGACCUUUUUUGUAGAAAGAAAAGUUGGGACACAUGAAAUCCCAACUUGUAGGUCAGUUGGUAUAGCAUAGUGCAUGCAACGCCAGGGUUGUGGGUUCGAUUUCCGCAGGGAACCAGUAAAAAAAGUAUGAAAAUAUAAGCACUCAAUAUUGUAAGUUGCUCUGGAUAAGAGCGUCUGCUAAAUGACUAGAAUAUCAAAUGAAAUACGGGAUCUUCCCGGGAUGACAAGUGCACCCACAUGGAUUUUUUUGUUGUUGUUUAAACUAUGACAUGGCGGUGGAGUUGUUAGUUUAAUUUGGAAUAAUCUUUUGUGCUUAAAUUAGCUUUAGAGACACCUCAAAGUUUGACUUUUGUUGCAUUUUUGACUCAUCUCUCAUUCAGGGGGGCUUAGACCCCCCUGUAAUUUGCACUAUGGUCUGUUCCAAUAGUUCAAAAAUGUUUCCUUUCUCACUCCUCCUUUCUCUCCCUUCAAUGCAUAUUGUCUUCCCCCUUUCACUGAUCUGACAUCACUGCUAUAAAUGGAAGCUAUUCAAGCUAUUUAGUGAUAAAUGUUCAGCUCUCCAAUCUUGUCAGAUUAUUAGUUUUUACUUCAAGGUAGAGGAGGUGUUCUACAGCUUGACUUGGCCAUAGAGCAUUAUGUGAACUUUGAAUUCAGACUGCCAACUCCCACCACCUUUUCAAAGUGAACUUAAUUAACCUGAGCUGUUCCGGGGAGCAUGCCCACAUUUCUUGGCAUAUAGGGGAGACUUUGGUUGCCUGGGCACACACACACUUCUGCCUAGCGCUAGGAUCCAUUGGGGUGAGCUGAGGACAGUCUGUCUGGAGCUGGUGCCAAGUGUGUGUGUGGAGGUUAUGUCAGACUGGCUCGUGUGUUGUAGAACAGAAAAGUAUUUUCCAGUGGGACAAUUCCAACUGUUACUGUUUCAACAGGGCUACUUAGUCUUACUUACCCUUACUCUUCUCUCUCCUGCCAUCUCUCUUUGUCUCUCCAGUGAUGUGCUUGCCUUGCCCAUCUUUAAACAGGAGGACUCCAGUCUUCCUUCAGACUGUGAGAGCAGCAGUCUCAACCCUCCCUUCCAGUACGUUCUCUGUGCUGCCACCUCCCCUGCUGUCAAACUACACGAUGAGACACUCACCUACCUGAACCAAGGUGACUUACUCACACACUCCUGUCAUGGGAAACCACCUUAACGAUGCUGUACACAAACACACACUCACGCGGUAAUGUUUAAUAGCUCCCCACCAAUAGCAAGAAGGGAUGUUGUCUGUUUUCAAACAGUAGAGAUACACAAUCACUCAAACCUCAUCUUAACCCCCUCUGUCUCUCCUUCUGUCUCUCAGGCCAGUCUUAUGAGAUCCGUAUGCUGGACAACCGAAAGCUGGCAGAGUUACCAGAGAUUAACAACAAGACUGUCAAGGUCAGAAAUGUUAAGAUUUCAGCCUUUCUGUUUGUGGGGUUUCUUUGUGGUUGUGUUAUGAUUGUUGCGGUCGUUUUUAGAGCAUUGUGAGGGUGGUGUUUCAUAACUGUGUGGUGUGUGUAGAGCAUCGUUAGGGUGGUGUUCCAUGACAGGAGACUCCAGUACACAGAGCACCAGCAGCUGGAGGGGUGGAAGUGGAAUCGCCCUGGAGACCGUCUCCUAGAUAUCGGUAAGAACACUUAAGUGUGUGUUUGUUUUUCAUUCUGUAUCUGUAUGUAAUGCUAAUUUGUAGUGUGUGUGUGUAGACAUCCCUCUGUCAGUGGGUAUCGUGGAGGCGAAGGCCAACCCCUCUCAGCUCAACGCUGCCGAAUUCCUCUGGGACCUCAACAAGAGAGCCUCUGUGUUUGUACAGGUAACACACAUCAAUCCACACAAACACACACACACACUUCCCUGUAGUCACAUUGACUUUCCUCUUUGUCUCUAUUCUUUCCAUCUGUGUGUGUGUAGGUCCACUGCAUCAGUACAGAGUUCACCCCUAGGAAGCAUGGAGGGGAGAAGGGAGUUCCCUUCAGGAUCCAGAUCGACACUUUCAGACAGGGAGACGACGGAGAGUACACUGAACACCUCCACUCUGCCUCCUGCCAAAUCAAAGUCUUCAAGGUACACACACAUGUUCUCUGAACACAGUCAAUCACACUUAAACACUUUGACAUGCAGAUGACAUGGCUGCACCUGAUUUAACAUUCCGCGUUCCCUCUUUCUCUCUCUCGCUCUCUCUCCUCCCCCCAGCCAAAGGGGGCAGACAGGAAACAGAAGACUGACAGAGAGAAGAUGGAGAAACGACCGUCUCAGGAAAAGGAGAAGUACCAGCCCUCCUACGACACAACCAUACUAUCAGAGGUUAGUCAGUCUGGGGGUUUGAAUGGCAUUUAAUCAGGACUGGAAAACUAGAAUACACUUAAACAGAGUUUGCAUGUAUUGAAAGUCCACUUACCGGUAUCAGUAGUCAAGUUUUUUUAGUGGUCAGAUUGUGAGUGUGAAUGUUUAUGUGAAACUCUGUGUGUGUGUGUGUAGAUGAGGCUGGAGCCCAUCAUAGAGGAGGCAGGAGACUAUGAGCUGAAGAAGUCCAGCAAGCGGACGCUGCCGGCUGACUGUGGGGACUCGCUGGCCAAGAGAGGCACUGUAAGCGUCCUAUAUAUUAUACAGUGCAUUCGGAAAGUAUUCAAAUCCCUUCUCUUUUUCCACAUUUUGUUACGUUACAGCCUUAGUCUAAAAUUGAUUAAAACAUCAAUAUCCCAUAAUGACAAAGCGAAAACAGUUUUUUUUGUAAUGUUUGCAAAUGUAUACCAAAAUAAAAUACUUAAUGUAAAUACUUAUGUAAAUGUGAUAUUUCAGUUAUUAAUUUUUAAUAAAUUUGCAAACAUUUAUAUAAACCUGUUUUUGCUUUGUCAUUAUGGGGUAUUGUGUGUAGAUUGAUGAGGGGGAAAAAACCAUUUCAUCCAUUUUAGGAUAAGGCUGUAAUGUAACAAAAUGUGGAAAAAGUCAAGGGGUCUGAAUACAUUCCGAAUGCACUGUAUAUCCUAUUACAAUGCCUUCAGAAAGUAUUCAUACUCCUUGACUUAUUCCACAUUUUGUUGUGUUACAGCCUGAAUUGAAAAUCUACACACAAUAUCCCAGAAUGACAAAAUGAAAACAUGUUUUUAGAAAUGUUUGCAAAUGUAUUGAAAAAUAAAUACAGAAAUAUCUCAUUUACAUAAGUAUUCACCCCCGGGAGUCAAUACAUGUUAGAAUCACCUUUGGCAGCGAUUACAGCUGUGAGUCUUUCUGGGUACAUUUCAAAGAGCUUUGCACACCUGCAUUGUACAAUAUAAUAGCAUAUUAUUCUUUUAUAAAUUCUUCAAGCUCUGUCAAGUUGGUUGUUGAUCAUUGCUAGACAGCCAUUUUCAAGUCUUGCCAUAGAUUUUCAAGCCGAUUUUAAGUCAAAACUGUAACUAGGCCACUCCGGAACGAUCAACGUCGUCUUGGUAAGCAACUCCAGUGUAUAUUUGGCCUUGUUUUAGGUUAUUGUCCUUCUGAAAGAUGAAUUAGUCUCCCAGUGUCUGUUGGAAAGCAGACUGAACCAGGUUUUUCUUUAGGAUUCUGUCUGUGCUUAGCUCUAUUGUUUCUUUUUAUCCUAAAAAUAACUCCUUGUUCCUUGCCGAUGACAAGCAUACCCAUAACCUGAUGCAGCCACCAAAAUGCUUGAAAAUAUGAAGAGUGGUACUCAGUGAUGUGUUGUGUUGGAUUUGCCCCAAACAACAUAACGCUUUGCAUUCAGGACAUUAUGUUCAUUUCUCUGCCACAUUUUUAGCAGUUUUACUUGAUGCAUGCUUUGGAAUAUUUUAUUCUGUACAGGCAUCCUUCUUUUCACUCUGUCAUUUAGGUUAGUAUUGUGGAGUAACUACAGUGUUGUUGAUCCAUCCUCAGUUUUCUCUUAUCAUAGCCAUUAAACUCUGUAACUGUUUUAAAGUCACCAUUGGCCACAUGGUGAAAUCCCUGAGCAGUUUCCUUCCUCUCAACUGAGUUAGGAAGGACUCCUGUAUCUUUGUAGUGAUUGGGUGUAUUGAUACACCAUCCAAAGUGUAAUUAAUAACGCCACCAUUCUCAAAGUGAUUUUCAAUAUCUAUAUACACUACCAAUCAAAAGUUUGGACACGCCUACUUAUUCAAGGGUUUUUCUUUAUUUUUACUAUUUUCUACAUUGUAGAAUAAUAGUUAAGACAUCAAAACUAUGAAAUAACACAAAUGGAAUCAUGUAGUAACCAAAAACUCAUUAACUUAUCUCAUUAUAUUGGUGGCGUGACUCAAAUAAUUAUAUACAUACGUACGUUAAAGAACAAUCACACUCUGUAUUGACUAUAUUCACUAUCCAGGCAUGCUUCUGGAGUACAAAGUAUCAAUCAUGUUCAUUCUGUUUUACCCUUAUCAUUUCAUAACACAUUAUAAAACAUAUCAAUCAAUACUUAAACAUGGUUUAAACAUGUCAUGGCGUGACUCAUUCUCAACCACAUACAUUUAAGCCUUCCCCAACAGCCAUCCUCCCAGGACCUUGUGGUUAUGGUUUUUCCUUGUGACUAUGUGCAUGUGACUAUGUGUGUCAGGUCAUAAGCACAAACAAGUGAUAACACUAGUUCCAUUGUUACUCCAAUCUCCACACAGCUACAACAAGACGUUUUAUCUCCAUCACAUGUCAUUGACAUACCCAGACCAGCUGCAGGGAGUUAGAGGGAACCAUCUAUUACCAGAAGCACAGCAUUUGCACUAAAGAAAUGUCUCUGCUCUGUUUUAACCCUUUAAUUGGUUCUUAAUCCAUAAGCAUUUAAGGCAUAUAGGCAUUUCAUUCUACAACAUGCAUAAUCAAUAUAAUUGGUUUUUAUGUUGUCCGCCCCUAAGUGAGAUAGAGUAGUUAACCAAAAAUGUCCCACAUAUCCCCCCUUUGGGACUUAAAUAAGUCCCAACCAAUAAAACAAAAGUUAACAUAAUGAGUGUAAGCAUAUGCAUAUGCAUAUACUUAUUCUUAGCCUUGCCAUCUGUGGUUACAUUUUAGAAGAAUAAAUAUUCAGACCAAUGUAUCUUCCUCAUUGUCUGACCCAUCACGAUGAGGACGAGGAGCCCAAUCAGGUACUGGGUACAAGUCCGGAAGGUUUCACUCUACGCUAACCUCCAAUUGUUGCUGUUGAGCUUUGUAACCAUGACAGGCCCAUCCACCCCAAGGGACAACACCAUACAGACACAGGAUUCCCAAAUGGGCAGUCCAUUGGUCCUCCUUUAAUAUUGCAGGGCUUUCCAUAUUCAUUAACAUACUGUCCUGGAGCUUCCUGAAUAGGGUGUAUAUCUUUGGGUGAAUUAUUAACAAUUGUCUGUAGUCAUUUGCUUUACUGUGGUUUGGAUCAAGAGUGAUUUUAACAAAGGCAGUACACAACAAAAUACCAUUCCCAUUACUACAAGUGCUAUGCCUAUCAUGAUUGCUAUUUUUGUAAACAUUGCUCCCCACUUUCCCAAAGUUAAGUCCAUCCAAUCCCAAGUGUGAGCGUCAUGCCCAGCAUUGUCCUUAAUUUCUUUAUGUAGUCCUUUUGAGCUUAGUCAUUGCUUCAGUGAAUGAACCAUCCGGAGCAGUAUUAUUGGGAAUGAAGGUACAACGUUCAUCCCCAAACAUAACACAAACUCCACCUUUUUCUGCCAACAGCCAGUCUAAUUCUGGAGCUGUCAUUGGAAUUAACUGUGUUUAUCCCGAGAAUCCUACAGUUUUGGCAUAUUUGCCAGACAUGGGGAGGUGAGAGGCAUAAUUUGGACUUACACAAGUGUAAGUGGCUCCGGUAUCGAUCAUCAUGGGUGUGCCUCUGUUUUCUAUUUGAACCUGCAGCAUAGGUUCUUAAUCAGCUCGCGUAGAUAACACUGGAAACUGACCCUCCCCUGUAGGAUUCUCUGGGCACCCCUAGUACCCCUGAUUAGGCCCUGCCCAUGGAUUCACAGGACCUUGGAGUUGUUUCUGAUUUUGUUGCCAGCCGCCAGUUUGUUUCCAAUUACUUUGGUUUCUGUUCCCCUGUUGUUGCCAGGGGUUUGUGGGGCAGUUUCGUCUGGUAUGCCCUGGCUGUUGGUAUCCCCAGCAGAUUCCCUUGUGGGCCCCGGUUUCCUCCUUUUUGAUUGUUUUGCAGAGGUUUUUGUUGUCUAUUGUUCCAUUGCUGGGGUUGUUGUGCAUACACAUUCACUACUGGUGGUGUGGGUUGCACUUGAGCCUGUGGCGCGGGAAUCAGAUGUGGCCCUCCGGAGGAGACUGCAGCCACCAUUCCUGUCUCAGUCAUAGGUGCUGUUACUGGAGCCUGGAUUUUCUUCUUCCCUCUGUUUUGUCAGCUCUUCCAGUUGGAGUUGAGUCAGCUUUCUCUGAAUGUCUCUCCCCUGUUCUGUGAGUCUCUGUUCAUCCUUUCUGUGUUUUUCUACUGCAUGUAUCACAUGGUCACAGAAUUCUUUGUGUGACUUUGAGGUUAUUCCUACCACAUCCUCCAGCCUGCUUUUCACUGGCUGGCGCAUGGCCUCUAUCACUGAGUUUCGGAAAAUAGUUGUCAUUAGUGGGUCCCCGUUCUGUUUCCAGUCUCCAUCGUUUCAUCUGUUCGUGUAGAUAGGCAGCUGGAUUCUCCGUUUCCCCCAGUGUCCACCCUUGUAGUGACUUGGGGUCUUGUGAGACUUCAAGGCGAUGUGAGUCAAAGUCCAUCCCGUCUCCUUGCGGGUCUGUCACUCCUCUCCUCAGGUCACUGUUCCCCAGUAUAUCCUCCAUUUUUGCCUUUCCUACCACCCUUGCCAACUGUGCCUUCAGAUCCCCCACAGCCAGCAGUUUCCCCAUGGUUUGUUCCUCAAAGGUCCUUAUCCAUUUUCCUGCCCCAUCAUGCAAAUCUGGCAGAUGGGCAACCAAUCCUUCCAGGUCCUGCGAUCCCCAUGGAACAUAAUGUGCCUGGGUACCUUUUAUUAAAAUGGGAUAUUGCCCCUCAUAUUUUUUAGGUUUUUUCCAGUGUUCUCCUAGUCCGCACUCUUUCCUCCCUUACUUCUUGGUCACAGGCCCCCCCCCCCAUAUUUCAGCCGCUGCUCCUUCUUCCUCCUCUUCUAGUUCCCUGUCAGUCUGUUGUCUAACCCAGCUCUGUUCUCUCUCCCUUUCUUCCUUUUCCCUCAAUUUUCUCGUCAUUUUGUAUAUUUCUCUUCCUAUUAGUUCGUUUGUUGCUUCGAUAUUUGUCAUAUCUUCAUCCGGAGAUUCCCCGUCGUCUUCUUUUGUCAUCUUCAUUCUUCCCAAGGUCUCCCUUAGCUCUCCAUAGCAGUCCAAUCUGUUUGGCUUUGUUUCUGCCCUUUGUUUGAUUCUUCCUGCUUCUUUCGGGUCCUUUUCUCUCCUUCGGGAAUACUGCUCCGGACACCUGUGGAUGUUGUUCACCGGUGUAUGGCGGAGGUCCCGUGGACCAGUCCACUUUCUUUCUGUUUGUUUUCUCAUCAUCCUUUCUCAACAUGUUUCUGGCUUCUUGUAUGUUCUCAACCCAAUUUGAGAUGGUUUGGGAUGAGUCGGACCGCAGAGUGAAGGAAAAGCAUAUGUGGGAACUCUUUUAAGCAUUCCAGGUGAAGCUGGUUGAGAGAUUGCCAAGCUGUCAUCAAGGCAAAGGGUGGCUAUUUGAAGAAUCUCAAAUAUAUUUUGACUUGUUUAACACUUUUUUGGUUACUACAUGAUUCCAUAGGUGUUAUUUCAUAGUUUUGAUGUCUUCACUAUUAUUCUACAAUGUAGAAAAUAGUAAAAAUAAAGAAAAACCAUUUGAAUGAGUAGGUGUGUCAACUUUUGACUGGUACUGUAUAUAUUUUUUUAACCCAUCUACCAAACGGUGCCUUUCUUAGCAAGGCAUUGGACAACCUCUCUGAUCUUUGUGGUUGAAUCUGUGUUUGAAAUUCGCUGCUCGACUGGGGGACCUUACAUUUAUCUGUAUGUGUGAGGUACAGAGAUGAGGUUGUCAUUAAAAAAUAAUGUUAAACACUAUUGCACACAUAUUAUGUGACUUGUUAAGCAAAUGUUUAAUCCUGAACUAAUUUAGGCUUGCCAUAACAAAGGAGUUUAAUACUUAUUGACUCAAGACAUUUCAGCUUUUCAUUUGUAAUUAAUUUCUAAAAACAUAAUUCCGCUUUGACAUUAUGGGUUAUUGUGUGUAGGCCAGUGACACAAUCUCAAUUAAAUUAAUUUUAAAUUCAGGCUGUAACAUAACAAAAUGUGGGUUACGUCAAGGGGUGUGAAUACUUUCUGAAGGCACUAUAUAUUAUAUAAACAUCCUCUAUCGUCCUGUCAAGGAAGUUAAUAUAAUAUGUGGAGUUGUUUGAUGCUUGGUAGUUGGUGACGGUAAUGCUUAGUAGUGUAAUCACAUCUCUCUCCUCUCUGGUCAGUGUUCUCCGUGGCCUGAUGCCUACAUCAGCUCUCCCCAGACAGCUGGCCCCUCCUUCUCCUCCACACCUCUCUCCACAUACACUGCCUCCUCUGUACCUGACAGGUAGGCCUGUGUGCGUGUGUGAGAGAUUGAGAAAAGUCUGUGGACGUAGUGAGAGAUUGCUGACUAUGACUGUUGUAUUCCAGUGGCCCCUCGUCACCCGAUCACCAGACAGACCCUGUCAGCCAAGUUGUCACAGAGGUUAGUAUACACCACACACAUGGACGUGUCUCAAAUCCAGUUUAGGUUGUUGAAAUUCAUUGUUACCCCCCCCCCCCCCCACCACCCCACCCCAACACACAUUAUUCUCUUUCUCUAUCUCCCCCUCUAAAGCAGCUCAGUCCUACAGCUACCAUCAAGGAGGCUCAGAAGUGGCUUGUCAAGAACCGCUUCAACACAUACGCACGACUCUUCUCCCACUUCUCAGGUACACACACACACACACACACACCACUCUUUGCAUUGUGUAGAUUAUUGUGUAGGAGUUAUUAAAGUGAACCUGUUGUAAUGUGUAGGUUGUGACUUAAUGAAGUUGACCCGGGAAGACCUGGUUCAGAUCUGUGGAGCUGCUGAUGGAAUCAGACUCUUCUACACACUCAGAUCCAGGUGAGGGUGUGUGAGAGAGUGGGGGGGGGUUAGAGGGGUCUGUGUGUGUGUGUGUUUGAGAGAGCAAGAGGAGGAUGUGUCAGAGAGAGAGGUGUGUGUGUGUGUGUGAGCGAGCGAGAGGGGGGUGUGUGAGAGAAAUCUAAGAAAGAAAUCUAUCCAACCAAAAACAUAGAGACCUAGAAAACCUGAGCCUACGCCUUCACUAUGAUGAAUCACUAAAACAAUACAGAAAUACACUACGGAAAAAGAAGGAACAGCACGUCAGAAAUCAGCUCAAUUUGAUUGAAGUUCAUAGAAUCUAGCCACUUCUGGGAAAAUUGGAACACAUGAAACAAACACGAAGAGUUAUCAAUCCAAAACGGAGAUGUAUGGAUAAACCACUUCUCCAAUCGUUUUGGCUCUAUAACAAAGAACAAUCAGCAAAAACAUAUACAUGAUCAAAUACAAAUCUUAGAAUUAACUAUUAAAGACUACCAGAACCCACUGGAUUCUCCAAUUACAUUGAAUGAACUACAGGACAAAAUACAAACCCUCCAAACCCCAAAAGGCCUGUGGUAUUGAUUGUAUCCUAAAUGAAAUGAUAAAAUAUACAGACCACAAAAUCUAAUUGGCUAUACUUAAACUGUUUAACAUCAUCCUCAGCUCUGGCAUCUUCCCCAAUAUUUGGAACCAAGGACUGAUCACCCCAAUCCACAAAAGUGGAGACAAAUUUGACAACAUUAACUACGAUGGGAUAUGCGUCAACAGCAACCUUGGGAAAAUUCUCUGCAUUAUCAUUAACAGCAGACUCAUACAUUUCCUCAGUGAAAACAAUGUACUGAGCAAAUGUCAAAUUGGCUUUUUACCAAACUACCGUACGACAGACCACGUAUUCACCCUGCACACUGUAAUUGACAAACAAACCAAAACAAAGGGAACGUCUUCUCAUGCUUUGUUGAUUUCAAAAAAGCGUUUGACUCAAUUUGGCAUGAGGGUCUGCUAUACAAAUUGAUGGAAAGUGGUGUUGGGGGGAAAAACAUACGACGUUAUAAAAUCCAUGUACACAAAUAACAAGUGUGCGGUUAAAAUUGGCAAAAAAAAACAACAUUUCUUUCCACAGUUCCGUGGGGUGAGACAGGGAUGCAGCUUGUGCCCCACCCUCUUCAACAUAUAUAUCACGAAUUGGCAAGGGCACUAGAACAGUCUGCAGCACCCGGCCUCACCCUACUAGAAUCUGAAGUCAAAUGUAGGGCCUACAGCAGCACCUACAUCUUCUGCACAGAUUCUGACAGAGCUGGGCCGUGACAGUAAAUCUCAGUAAGACAAAAAUAAUGGUUUUCCAAAAAAGGUCCAGUUGCCAGGACCACAAAUAGAAAUUCCAUCUAGACACUGUUGCCCUAGAGCACAGAAACAACUAUACGUACCUCAGCCUAAACAUCAUAACCACUGGUAACUUCCACAAGGCUGUGAGAGAUCUGAGAGACAAGCGAAGAAGGGCAUUCUACGCCAUCAAAAGGAACAUAAAAUUCGACAUACCAAUUAGGAUCUUGCAAAAAAUACUUGAAUCAGCUAUAUAACCCAUUGCCCUUUAUGGUUGUGAGGUAUUGGGUCUGCUCACCAACCAAGAAUUCACAAAAUGGGACAAACACCAAAUUCUGCAAAAAUAUCCUCAAUGUAAAACACCAAAUAAUGCAUGCAGAGCAGAAUUAGGCCGAUACCCACUAAUUAUCAAAAUCCAGAAAAGAGCCGUUACAUUCUCCAACCACCUAAAAGUAAGAGAUUCCCAAACCUUCCAUAACAAAGCCAUCACCUACAGAGAGUUGAAUCUGUAGAAGAGCCCCCUAAGCAAGCUGAUCCUGGGGCUCUGUUCACAAACAGAGCCCCAGGACAGCAACACAAUUAGACCCAACUAAAUCAUGAGAAAACAAAAAGAUAAUUACUUGACACAUUGGAAAGAAUAAACAAAAAAAACUGAGCAAACUAGAAUGCUAUUUGGCCCUAAACAGAGAGUACACAGUGGCAGAAUACCUGCCCAAAAUUAAGGAAAGCUUUGACUAUGUACAGACUCAGUGAGCAUAGCCUUGCUAUUGAGAGAGGCCGCUGUAGGCAGACCUGGCUCUUAAGAGAAGACAGGCUAUGUGCACACUGCACACAAGAUGAGGUGGAAACUGAGCUGCACUUCCUAACCUCCUGCCAGAUGUACAUUGAGGGGGAAAAAGUAUUUGAUCCCCUGCUGAUUUUGUACGUUUGCCCACUGACAAAGAAAUGAUCAGUCUAUAAUUUUAAUGGUAGGUUUAUUUGAACAGUGAGAGACAGAAUAACAACAACAAAAUCCAGAAAAACGCAUGUCAAAAAUUGUAUGAAUUGAUUAGCAUUUUAAUGAGGGAAAUAAGUAUUUGACCCCCUCUCAAUCAGAGAUUUCUGGCUCCCAGGUGUCUUUUAUACAGGUAACGAGCUGAGAUUAGGAGCACACUCUUAAAGGGAGUGCUCCUAAUCUCAGCUUGUUACCUGUAUAAAAGACACCUGUCCACAGAAGCAAUCAAUCAAUCAGAUUCCAAACUCUCCACCAUGGCCAAGACCAAAGAGCUCUCCAAGGAUGUCAGGGACAAGAUUGUAGACCUACACAGGGCUGGAAUGGGCUACAAGACCAUCGCCAAGCAGCUUGGUGAAAAGGUGACAACAGUUGGUACGAUUAUUCGCAAAUGGAAGAAACACAAAAGAACUGUCAAUCUCCCUCAGCCUGGGGCUCCAUGCAAGAUCUCACCUCGUGGAGUUGCAAUGAUCAGGUCCUUCGUAGCUCAAUUGGUAGAGCAUGGCGCUUGUAACGCCAGGGUAGUGGGUUCGAUCCCCGGGGCCACCCAUACUUAAAAAUGUAUGCACGCAUGACUAAGUCGCUUUGGAUAAAAGCGUCUGCUAAGUGGCAUAUAUAUAUAUAUAUAUAUAUAUAUAUAUAUAUAUAUAUAUAUAUAUAUAUAUAUAUAUAUAUAUAUAUAUAUAUAUAUAUAUAUUAUAUCAUGAGAACAGUGAGGAAUCAACCCAGAACUACACGAUCUCAAGGCAGCUGGGACCAUAGUCACCAAGAAAACAAUUGGUAACACACUACGCCGUGAAGGACUGAAAUCCUGCAGCGCCCGCAAGGUCCCCCUGCUCAAGAAAGCACAUAUACAGGCCCGUCUGAAGUUUGCCAAUGAACAUCUGAAUGAUUCAGAGGAGAACUGGGUGAAAGUGUUGUGGUCAGAUGAGACCAAAAUCGAGCUCUUUGGCAUCAACUCAACUCGCCGUGUUUGGAGGAGGAGGAAUGCUGCCUAUGACCCCAAGAACACCAUCCCCACCGUCAAACAUGGAGGUGGAAACAUUAUGCUUUGGGGAUGUUUUUCUGCUAAGGGGACAGGACAACUUCACUGCAUCAAAGGGACGAUGGACGGGGCCAUGUACCGUCAAAUCUUGGGUGAGAACCUCCUUCCCUCAGCCAGGGCAUUGAAAAUGGGUCGUGGAUGGGUAUUCCAGCAUGACAAUGACCCAAAACACACGGCCAAGGCAACAAAGGAGUGGCUCAAGAAGAAGCAUAUUAAGGUCCUGGAGUGGCCUAGCCAGUCUCCAGACCUUAAUCCCAUAGAAAAUCUGUGGAGGGAGCUGAAGGUUCGAGUUUCCAAACGUCAGCCUCGAAACCUUAAUGACUUGGAGAAGAUCUGCAAAGAGGAGUGGGACAAAAUCCCUCCUGAGAUGUGUGCAAACCUGGUGGCCAACUACAAGAAACGUCUGACCUCUGUGAUUGCCAACAAGGGUUUUGCCACCAAGUACUAAGUCAUGUUUUGCAGAGGGGUCAAAUACUUAUUUCCCUCAUUAAAAUGCAAAUCAAUUUAUAAAAUUUUUGACAGGGAGGGGGGAGGGGGAGGGUGAGAGAGGGAGGGUGAGAGAGGGAGGGGGUGAGAGGGAGGGGGUGAGGGGAGGGGGUGAGAGAUGGGUUGGGGGACGGGGUGGUGUGUGAGAGGGGCGCAAUGAACUAUGAUCAUUGUAGUUAAUUAUCACCUUUUCUGUGCUAAUCUAUGUAGAACAUUGGCCUGUUGGAACUACAACUCCCUACUACAUUGCACAGCUCGGGCAUGAUCUGAUUUAUCUCUAGAGAAACUGCAGCGCAAUGUGCUCACAGAAAAAACCCCGAACUAAAUGGAAUUCAAAUAAUUGAAUGGACAUCGGUUAAUUAGUUGUUUAAAAACCAAAAAUAACCAACAUUUUGGUUAAUUGCUUAUAUUUGAAUUGUGUACUCCUCUAAGAAAACCAAUGCUCCAAAUCCGUUAAAAAGCUAUUGCAGUUUUUACCCUUGUAGGAUGGCCAAAAUUAGGGUGACUAAAACAAUGGAGGCAGAUAUUAUAGUUUUUUUAAUACAGGAAAAUAUCAUUGCGUCAGCUAAACUGGAUGCUGUGCGAGAAUUAUGAAAACUCGAACUGAGUUCAAAUCAUUUACAUUUAAGUCAUUUAGCAGACGCUCUUAUCCAGAGCGACUUACAAAUUGGUGCAUUCAACUUAGGAUAGUCCGUGGGACAACCACUUUUUUUUCUUUUUUUUUAUGGGGGGGCUCGAAUCCGCAGGACAUAAAACAAUAUAGCGUAGUAUUUUCAUAUUUUAGUAUACGCUUUUCAUAUUAAUGCGAAAUUCCUGUUCUUUUUCAAAGAUUUCUCACAAAAACAAACUCUGAAAUGUCAACGGAGCACUCAGCGUACAGUGUGUUCGGAAAGUAUUCAGACCCCUUGACUUUUUCCACAUUUUGUUACGUUACAGCCUUUUUCUCAAAUUGAUUAAAUAGUCCCCCCCCCCCCCCCCAUCAAUCUACACACAAUACCCCAUAAUGACGAAGCAAAAACAGGUUUAGACAUUUUUGCUAAUUUCUUAAAAAUAAAAAACUGAAAUAUCACAUUUACAUAAGUAUUCAGACCCUUUACUCAGCACUUUGUUGAAGCACCUUUUGGCAGUGAUUACAGCCUUGAGUCUUCUUGGGUAUGACGCUACAAGCUUGGCACACCUAUAUUUGGGGAGUUUUUCCCCGUUCUUGUCUGCAGAUCCUCUCAAGCUCUGUCAGGUUGGAUGGGGAGUGUCGCUGCACAGCUAUUUUCAGGUCUCUCCAGAGAUGUUUGAUCGGGUUCAAGUCCGGGCUCUGGCUGGGCCACUCAAGGACAUUCAGAGACUGUCCUGAAGCCACUCCUGCGUUGUCUUAGCUGUGUGCUUAGGGUCGUUGUCCUGUUGGAAGGUGAACCUCCGCCCCAGUCUGAGGUCCUGAGCGCUCUGGAGCAGGUUUUCAUCAAGGAUCUCUCUGUACUUUACUCCCCACAGCAUGAUGCCACCACCAUGCUUCACCGUAGGGAUGGUGCCAGGUUUCCUCCAGAUGUGACAAUUGUCAUUCAGGCCAAAGAGUUCAAUCUUGGUUUCAUCAGACCAGAGAAUCUGGUUUCUCAUGGUCUGAGAGUCCUUUAGUUGCCUUUUGGCAAACUCCAAGUGGGCUGUCAUGUGCAUUUUACUGAGGAGUGGCUUCCAUCUGGCCACUCUACCAUAAAGGCCUGAUUGGUGGAGUGCUGCAGGGAUGGUUGUCCUUCUGGAAGGUUCUCCCAUCUCCACAGAGGAACUCUGGAGCUCUGUCAGAGUGGCCAUAGGGUUCUUGGUCACCUCCCUGACCAAGGCCCUUCUCCCCUGAUUGCUCAGUUUGGCCGGGCGGCCAGCUCUAGGAAGAGUCUUGGUGGUUCUAAACUUCUUCCAUGUAAGAAUGAUGGAGGCCACUGUGUUCUUGGGGAUCUUCAAUGCUGCAGACAUUUUUUGGUACCCUUCCCCAGAUCUGUGCCUCGACACGAUCCUGUCUCUGAGCUCUAUGGACAAUUCCUUUGACCUCAUGGCUUGGUUUUUGCUCUGACAUGCACUGUCAACUGUGGGACCUUAUAUAGACAGAUGUGUGCUUUCCAAAUAAUGUCCAAUCAAUUGAAUUAACCACAGGUGGACUCCAAUCAAGUUGUAGAAACAUCUCAAGGAUGAUCAAUGGAAACAGGAUGCACCUGAGCUCAAUUUCGAGUCUCAUAGCAAAGGGUCUGAAUACUUAUGUAAAUAAGGAAUUUCUGUUUUAAAAUUUUUAUACAGUUGCACAAUUAAAAAUAAAAAUAAAUGUUUUCGCUUUGUCAUGUAUGGGGUAUUGUGUGUAGAUUGAUGAGGGGUCAGAAUACUUUCCGAAUGCACUGUAUACCAAGCUUUUUACUGUCAAAGCAUUUUACAUUUACAAUGCUAAUUUAGCAUUUUAUGCGACCCACAGAAAAAACUUUGAAGACGACGACCACAAAAUGUAAAAUCCUCAAAAGUUGUUCGAGAAACCUGCACCAUUAUGUCAAAAGAGCUCGGUGCUUAUUAUCGGAUGUAUUAGGUUACGAAAUCCGACUUUUUGCAUAUAACUUCAAUGACACGUUAGAAGAAGACUCCACUGAACGAUUCAGAACAUGAAUAAUCAUAUUUGUCUUGGUAAAAUGUAUUUUAAAAAUGUAUAAGUGAAAUUAUCACCAAAGCGCGUUUUCACCCACUCUGGGCAGAGUGUUUGAUACCUGGGCAGAGUGGGUGAACACCCUAGAGAGGUUGUUAGACAGGAUAUGUGAAUGUGUGCAUCUCCGAUUAUGUUCCUGUUUAUCUGUGUUUAAUGUGUGUGUGUGUGUGUGUGUGUAUAACGUGUAAGUAUUCUUGCAGGUCGGUGCGUCCCAGGUUGACAAUCUAUGUGUGUCAGGAGUGUGAUGUGGAGAGCCCCUUGCUGGAGAGACGCUGCGACAGUGAGAACGGAGAGCACAGUGACUCGCCUAACUUAUAUGGUACGGUUGUCUCACAGGCGGCCGGUGGCACCUUAAUUGGGGUGGACCAGCUCAUAGUAAUGGCUGGAAUGGAAUAAAUGGGAUGGUAUCGAACGCAUCAAGCACAUGGUUUCCAUUUGUUUGCUACCAUUCCAUUCACUCCAUUCCAGACUUUAUUAUAAGCCAUCCUCCCCUCAGCAGCCUCCUGUGGUUUCUUUGUCGUUUUGAUCUCAUGGAUGGUCAGUCAGCUAUUUACCAACACUGGCGGGGUGACUGCUUUCUUAUUGUUUGAACUACAGAGUGCCCCUUUAAAGAGAGAGAAUAUAAUUCCUCAGAAAAAGGGGAAAGCAUAUGUAUAACCAGAAAUGUUGCUGGCUUAAAAGUGGAAAAAAUAAAUGAACUAAAGCUGAAAUAAAUAUUCCUGUUCAUGUGUGCUUUCCCCUUUUUCAUAAAGAAUUAUGAUAGUAGUUUGGCAUUAUACGACCACAAUUGUUUCCUAGUGGAUAAAGCAACCUUUUCUGGGAGGACUCAUUUGGAAUAUACUGUAUACUCAUCUGUGUGUCUCCAUUAUAGAAGCAUCAGCGUGUGUGUCUGUUUUAAUGUGGGUGUGUGUGUUUUAAUGGGGUUGUGUGUGUCUGCAGUGUACCAUGCUCUAUACCUGGAGGAGCUGACGGCGGCUGAGUUGAUCAGGAAGAUGGCGUGUGUGUGUAGCGUUCCACUGGGACAGAUCAACCAGGUCUACCGACAAGGACCCACAGGAAUACACAUACUGCUGAGUGACCAGGUACACACACACACACUGCUGAGAAAACAGGUACACACACACACAUACCUACACCUAUACAUCCUGUGUGAAUGUUAUCUUUGACCAGGAAGAGCUGAUGUUCUCUGUCCAUCAGUGAUCUGUCGAUCGGGUGUUUGCAUUACAUUUACAUACUGCCUCUCUGUUACACAAUGCUGUGUCCCACCCUAACCCGUCCCCCUUCAGCUCACUCAGGAAGUGUGCCAUUCAAAUCACUCCCCCAAACAGACUGCGCAUCACAGCUAUUGGAGUUAUCUACCCGUUUUAAUUCUUUAUCACGACUGAUUACAUUGUGUUUUAGUUAUAAAAUAUUUUUCUUUUUUUGUACAUUAUUUUUAGUAAAGAUUUAUGAACAGUAACAGCCCUUGUUUUAAUGAGUAUUUAAUGAUGAAGUUAUUUAAUGUUGUUCCCCAGGUGGUUUACAACUUACCUGACGAGAGCUGCUUUCUCAUUGGCACACUCAAAGGUAUGUUGAUAGUCUGACUGUGUGUCUGGCCCGAGACAUUUCUGGUCUAACUUUCCUUUUCUAGUUAUUUAUGUUUUCUUUGUUUGGCCUCCAUGCUAACACUACCUCUUUCCCUUUCUUUUUCUUUCUCUAUCUCUCUAGAUGAAACGGGGGAGGGGCUCCACCUGGUUUUGAAGUAGCGAUGGAGGAUGUGAGUGUGAU